AUGAAGCUGCUACUGUAUCUUCUUCUCUUCACCCUGCAGAAAGUUCAUGGGACUCCUGUUUUCUGCCUAGAAACAAGUGACCUCAGUUCUGAUCAGCUUCUGAUUGGUUGUCUGGGUGUGCGGCUCUCCUGGCUGUAUGCUGUGUUUGAUGAUCUGCUGUCAGUGUUGGACUUUGCUGUUAAUCUGCGUUGCGAGACUGGAAUCUGUCCCGUGGACAUUCAGAACCACGGACAUUACUGCAGCAAUGCUAACACACAGGGCGAAGCACACACACAUAUACAGCCUGCCGACACAUUGGACCGGUGUUGUCUUACCCAUUGGAGAUGUUAUCAGGAGGUAAAGGAGAGAAACUGCAGUCGUCCGACACCUAUACACACCAACUACACCUGCAGCUACAACUCCAGCUGUGAUACGUUGGAUUUCUGUGAUGAAGGAUUCUGCCUUUGUGAUCGGACAGUUAUAGACUGCAUUAGCUCCAACUAUCCAAUCACAAAACAGGAUGGAGAUAACCAACCAAUCACAUCACAGACAGUCUUUUCUUUUGUGACAGAUCUUCCUGAUAAUGACACCCACAUCAGUGAGGUGUUCUAUGGAAUAGACAGGGUGGAGGUUUCUCAAUCAGAUUUUGAGCUGGAGAUCCUCUCCUAUGGUCUGAAUGACACAUUGAAUGAGACUAUGAGCAACUUCACCAAUGAGCUGGUGUCAGUCAACGGCUCUCAAACCAACCAGAGCACAGAGAACCCUGCGAUAUAUCAGACUGGUCCAGAGGAAGUAGAGAUCGAAGAACAAGAGAAAGAGGUGGAGGACAGAAACUCAGAAAGGGGAAGUACAGGACAGGAGGAGGAAGAGAAGGGAAUGGAAUAUGAGGAUGUUCCAGGUGUCUCUAAUGAAAUUGUGAGCAUACAAAAUACACCAUCACUUAAAACACCAGAGAAGAUAUUCAGUGUGUCAUUUUACUUACUGUCUCUUAAUAUUUUUUGUCUUAUUACAGAUGAGCAGACCGUUAGCACACAGCUAACCUUAAUUACAGUAUCACAGACUGUCACACAUUUACCAAAAACACACACAUACACAAGCACACAUUUGAACCCCACACAACACUUAUCAAUCACACAGAGACCUGCCUCUACUGCCUACAUAACACCUGCAACCACAUACACACAUACUCUCACACACCCUGACCACCAAACAUCUGAAGAGGAGGAGGAAAGUGAAGAAGAUAAAACAGUGGAUCAUGAAGACACAUUGCCACCAGUCACAAGCAACACUUUAAAACCUGCAUACACACCUGCACAUGGUACACACAAAACACACGUGGUAAAACCCCUUACACGUACAUCUAGUCCUGGUACACACAGAACACACACCGUUAAACCACUUACACAUAUAACUGCCCCUGGUGUACACACAACACGCACCGUAGAGUCGUAUAUUAGUGCACCUUCUCACAACAUAACAGAGGAAAAGUGGGAUGAAUCAGUGGAGGAGAGAGAAGACCAGGAAACAGUGGAGAAAGAGAGUGACAAAGAAAUAGAAGAACAGCCAACACAAACCAAUCAAAGCAUGUAUACCUCUCUGAUGACCACACCCACCAAAACAUCAACCAAUCAAAACUUGCAUUACAGAACAACUCCAUCCAGGCCUUCCAAUGAAAACGCAGUAGAUGCAACCACUUCUGUGCCUCUUUCAUCCGAGAGAGAAAGUGAUGAGAAAGACAUAUCUGUUGAAGAAAUGGAGAAAGACAGUGAGGAGAGAGAGAAAGCAGUUGAAGAAGUAGAGAAAGAGAGUGUAAAUGAGGAUUUUUUAUUAAAUACCCUAAACAAGACUAACAAAAGCAGUGCAGAAUUGCCAGGUGACUUAAGCAUAACCAAACCAACAACUUCAGCAUCACAUUCCAAACAAACACAAGCCAAGAUAAGGGCAUCACACAUGGGUUCCUCAUCGGAAGAGGAUGAAAGGCAAAAGAAAGAAAGUAAGGAAGAUCUACAGAGUGAUAAAGACAGUGAAAAUACAGGUUCUAUAGGGCAGAACAGCAUUCUGUCUCUGAACAAAGAGAUGGACCACAACCAAACCACUACCACCUCACCAACAUCCACCAACACAACCCCUGACAUCACAGUAAAUUCCUACAUCUGGAUCAUUCCAGCGUUGAUCUCCAAACAUUCCACACAAGGCGUGUUUCCAAGGCCAACAGCUCACACACCUGCAGAACCAACUGAGAAUCACAAAACAACAUCUACGGUUCCCCACGAGCCCACCAGCUCCUGGACACCAAAAACCACAUCAGGUCAUGUUGUUGAAACUGUUCCUCAACCCCAGAAACCUGCCCACCCACCCUUGAACCAGCCUUCUAUUGCUCCAAUGACCACUUCAGCUCAGGAAGAGUCUGCUGAGGAAGAGGAGCCCGCUGAAGUAGAGGAGAAAAAGGAAGAGAAAGAGCCAUAUGAUAGCUCACAGGAAACAGAUAAGAUUGAGUCCAUCCGGGUCCGGAGACGAGCGGUGCCGUUCUUUGCCUGGUCUCUACUAGAGGCUGCAGGACUGUCAGACCUAAAGGUGCAUGAAGAAAGUAAAGAAUGUAGCAUGUCUUUCCUCCAGUACAAUGCAGCGGGACAGGUGCUGAGGGACAUGUCUGGUCUGGGAGAAAUGCUGAACUGUCUCACUGGACGAUGUCCUCAUGAGUAUCAACACUACGGAUGCUACUGCGGACAGCAGGGGACAGGAAACCCAGUAGACCAGCUGGACCGUUGCUGUUUUCUGCAGCAGUGCUGUUUGGAGCAGCUCAGUGUGCUAGGCUGCAGGAAAAACAGAAAACUCAAUGCUCAAAUCAGCUGCCACAAUGGAAAACCACAAUGUUUGGGUGCGAGUGUGUGUGACCGGCUGCAGUGUGUCUGCGAUCGUUCGACUGCUGACUGCAUAGCGGCCUCACGAUUCAAUCACUCAAUCACCUCCUCAUGUUCUGGACCUCGCCCACCAUGCCACCGCAAGCCACAUUCUUCAACACAAUUAGCCAGUCAGAUCUCCAGUGAGGAGAGCAAUGAAAUGACCCUGCCCCACCCUCAGCCGAACACACAAAGCCAACAAUUUAACACACAGGUUCAGCCGCACACAUUAUCUGUCGGAACAAAACACACUCACACUAACAGCAAACCUGCAGGGGGCAACAAACAGGAGGACGAGGAAGAGGAGGAGCCAGGAAAAGUAGAGGAAGAGGAAGUGGAAGAAGAAGAAGAAAAGGAGGAUGAGGAGGAGGAAGAAGAAUUGGAGCAAUAGAAUUAUGCAAAUUUAUGUUUUAAUUUUCAGGAAUGUUUCAAAGAUUGAGGAAUCCAUUGGAAAAGAUGUAAUACACAUUUAAUGAAACUUUAUGCUCAGUCAUUAUGCUCAAUGAUAAGCUUACUCUGCAUUCAACUAACUCAACAUCCUCUAGCCAAAAAAGCUGCCAUCAAAGAUCAGCAAUUCCUCCUACAAGAUUAUAGACAUACCUGCAACAAGUAAAACUGGGAUCAGCAUUUGUGCAUUGCAGUAUUAGGAAAUCUUUCUACUGAUGUCAGAAAUGAGUGGUGUCUAAACCCUGAUUGUGUUUGUGUGCUGGACCAUAAAUGCCAGCAGCUGUAUUUUGAAUUUUCUCAGUAUUUUUCUUAAUCCACUUGUUUUUAAUGAUGGAUAUCUGUCUAAUUAAAAAUAAAGUCAUUUAUCG